AUGUGGCAUGCGUACUUUGGCAUGGUCGGUGUGAACAAUGACAUCACUGUUUUACAAUCUUCGGGUCUUUUCGACGAAGUCAUAGAUGGUGUUGCACCAAAUACUUCAUUAUAUGCAAACGACGUGGAGUACAAGUAUGGGUACUAUCUUGUCGACGGUAUUUAUCCGAAGUCGACGAUGUUGGUGAAAACUCUUUCGUGUCCAGAUGACGAGAAAAGAUUGUAUUACAAGAAGAAACACGAGUCGAAAAGAAAAGAUGUCGAGCAGGCUUUCAGUCUAUUAAAAAAGAGAUGGUCUAUCAUUGCCCAGCCAUCGAGGAUACUUGAAAAUAGUAAAAUGAGAAACAUCAUGUAUACAUGCAUCAUCUUGCAUAACAUGAUAUUAGAGGACUCGGAUAGAGCGUUUUGUGGAGAAAGUUAUGAUGAAUGUAACCAACCGACGAACCCGCUACUCACAUACGCUCGAAAAGAAGUUGUCCGAGUGAGUAUACGUGACAGGGACACACCUUAA